AGGAUCGCAAGGAUUCCUCUGUGCGGCGUUGAUUUUCAAUUACUUUUUUUAAGAGCAGUUAUGGGAGGGGGCCAAAAGCGCCCGAGCGACGAAAGUGUCGAUGAAAAUUCAUCAAAGAAAUUCAAUUCCGGUUCAGGUAUGGCCACCAUAGAGAAGACCAUCAAGACGUGCCUCCCGACCCUGGAGGACGAGACGGUCGAGAAACUGAUGACCCGUCUCAGGGAGGUCGGGGCCACCAGCGUGCGGGACCUGGAGUUCACGGCCGUCGAGGACAUUGCGGACAUUGUCAAGCCCAUACAAGCCAGGAAACUUAUGAAGUUCUGGGCUGAUUAUAAAGAAGAGGAGGAGGAGGAGGAUGACACCAGUGAAGAAAUAUCCGAGAUCCCCGUGGAGAACCCAACGCACCAGAUCCUGGACAUGGAUCUAGAUGAAACUCCGGCAACCGGAGACCACAACUCCGCUCCGAUGCUCUCCGGCAACGCAUCCUACUCCAACGCAUCCACCAACUCCUUCAUGCCCAACCAACUUAUCCCUUCCAUGUCAUCCUCCACAUCCACCUCACAACAACCAAUGUUUGCGCAGAAAGAUAUUUAUCUUUGUUCUAAAAACACGCAUGGAAACUACGACCAGAACAACGCUGGUGGCAACUAUGACCAAAACCGACCAGGAUACUCUGACCAGAACAGACCAGGGAACCCAUCCGAAGAUAACAGGAACAACAGUAAAAACAAAUGUGAUGCCCCGUUCCCGGAGCUGGAUAUAUCGGUGGUCAACCACAUCAUCCAGAACGGCAACCCGCCUGCCGUGGGGGACACGUUCACCCAUGACUGCAGAGGCCAGCCGGUGCGCAGGUUCGUGGGAGUGCGCAUGUCAUGCAGGGACCCGCAGGGCCGCAGAAGUGACCUACCCGCAGCAGGAGCCGUGGUUGUCAUACCGCGGUCCUGGGUCAAGAGCGUGCGGGAUGGGGACGUGAGCCUCGUGUGGCCCGUGCCUGACGUGCAACACAACCACGUCUCCGGGGGCUCCUGGCACCGACGCUCCGCUUCUCUGUUAUAUACUGCUGACUCGUUUGAGGAAGUUGCGAGGAACACAUUUGUACACAAGCCUUCUUCUGACAU